AUGAAAGGUCAUCCGAGAUUAGUCAAAGUGUUGGCCAAACUAUAUUCACACCUAUUGAACAACGAGGUGAGAGAUGACAACAUCCUGAUAACGCUGGGCGCCUAUCAGGCCAUACACUGCGCGCUGUACGGCCUAAUUAACCAUGGUGAUGAGGUGAUCAUAAUUGAUCCGGCCUACGAUGCCUAUGCCAUGAUUACUAGGGCUGCUGGCGGUGUACCCGUGCACACGGCACUCAAACGUACCGAUACCUAUGGAAAUGAAAAUAAUAAUUAUAUUACCGGUGCUUAUGGUUGGCAACUAGACUUCACUGACCUGGAAGCAAAGUUUAAUCACAAUACCCGGCUUAUCAUAAUUAAUACACCCCAUAAUCCAUUGGGAAAGGUAUUCACGGCAUCAGAAUUGUCACGAAUCGGAGAGUUAUGUCAAAAAUACGAUACAAUCGCUAUCAUGGAUGAGGUGUACGAAUGGCUUACCUAUGAUAACAACACACAUUUUAGACUUGCAUACAUAAUACUAACCAUGUUUAAUCGCACCAAAAUAAAAUCACCAAUAGCAUCGAUGCCAGGCAUGUACGAGCGCACAGUGACCAUCGGCAGUCUGGGCAAGGCGUUCAACGUGACCGGUUGGCGGUGCGGUUGGGCCAUCACUGGGCACCCGGGCAUUAGACACGCGCUAACACUGGCCCAUGUGGUCAGCGUAUACUGUUGUCCCACACCUAUCCAAGAGGCCGCAGCCAGGGCGUUUGAAAUUGAGCUUGUUAAACUCCAGCUCAAUCACGUGGACAGUAUGUAUUGGACACAACUGUGCGCACUGAUGGACAAAAAGCGAACACUGAUGUACGACAUGUUGACAAACAUGGGUUUGAAGCCAAUGGCGCCCGAAGGGAGCUAUUAUAUGGUGGCCGACUGUCGGGCACUCAUAGAGAGGUUAGAUUUGACCGCCUAUUACGAUAAGAGGGGCAAAACAUCUGAGUUUGUCCGGUGGCUGUCCGCCCGGGGCGUACAGGCGGUGCCGUUGACUGUGUUUUAUAGUACGGCUAAUAAGCAAUUGGGUGAAGGAUUGGUAAGGUUUUGCUUUAUUAAAAGCGAUGAAACUCUAGCUAAGGCUAAGAUUGGUCAUCCGAGAUUAGUGAAAGUGUUGGCCAAACUAUAUUCACACCUAUUGAACAACGAGGUGAGAGAUGACAACAUCCUUAUAACACUGGGCGCCUAUCAGGCCAUACACUGCGCGCUGUACGGCCUAAUUAACCAUGGUGAUGAGGUGAUCAUAAUUGAUCCGGCCUACGAUGCCUAUGCCAUGAUUACUAGGGCUGCUGGCGGUGUACCCGUGCAUACGGCACUCAAACGGGUCGACACCUGUAGUGAUGGUAAUAAUAAUAAUAAUAUUACCGGCGCUGAUGGUUGGGAACUGGACUUUGUUGACCUGGAGGCAAAGUUCAAUCAUAAUACCCGGCUUAUCAUAAUUAAUACACCGCAUAAUCCACUGGGAAAGGUAUUCACGGCAUCAGAAUUGUCGAGAAUCGGAGAGUUAUGUAAAAAAUACGAUACAAUCGCUGUCAUGGAUGAGGUGUACGAAUGGCUUACCUAUGAUGACAGCAAACACUUUAGACUUGCCUCCAUGCCGGGAAUGUACGAGCGCACAGUGACCAUUGGCAGUCUGGGCAAGGCGUUCAACGUGACCGGUUGGCGGUGCGGUUGGGCCAUCACUGGGCACCCGGGCAUCAGACACGCGCUAACACUGGCCCAUAUGGCGAGCGUAUACUGUUGUCCCACACCUAUUCAAGAGGCAGCAGCCAGGGCGUUUGAAAUUGAGCUUGAUAAACUUCAGCUCAAUCACGUGGACAGUAUGUAUUGGACACAACUGUGCGCACUGUUGGACAAAAAGCGAGCCCUAAUGUACGACAUGCUGACUGAUAUGGGGUUAAAGGCAAUGGUUCCCGAAGGGGGCUAUUAUAUGGUGGCCGACUGUAGGGCCCUUAUAGAUAGGCUAGAUUUGACCGCUUAUUACGAUAAGAGGGGUAAAACGUUUGAGUUUGUCCGGUGGCUGUCCGCCCGGGGCGUACAGGCGGUGCCGUUGACUGUGUUUUACAGUACGGAUAAUAAGCAUUUGGCCGAAGGUUUGGUGAGAUUUUGCUUUAUAAAAAGCGAUGAAACUCUAGCUAAAGCUGAGGCUAUGUUGAGA